CUCGCGAGCGAUCCGCGACGCUCGCGACACAAGAUGCAAACACAGAGGAGCGCGAGGCAGCGGCAUGCACAUAGCGGCUGAGCACUAGAGACGGCACCGUCCCGACUCAGCUCUAUCGAUGAACGCUUCUCAUACGCCUUCAGCAAAAUGGGUUAAAGGGAAAAGGGAUGGGCGUGUGUGUAAACUUUGGGACACUUUGCUCGCGUUGGGAAAUGCCCGCCGUUUGUUUAGAGGCGGCGGCCGAACCAGCAGCAGCUCAUAGAGACCUGGAUCCACUCUGACGUUUCCCCGCACUUCUUCCUCAUCUACUUCUUCUUCCUUUUGGUUGGUUGGUUUGUUUAACGACAUGAUCCCGGAGCUGGCGUGCACCGCCGUCGCCGUGUGUCUCUACCUCAACACGCUGGACGCGGAUUUCUGCUACGAUGACAGCCGGGCGAUCAAGACCAACCAGGACCUGCUGCCGGAGACCCCGUGGACCAACGUCCUCCACGACGACUUCUGGGGCACGCUGCUCACGCACAGCGGCAGCCACAAGUCGUACCGGCCGCUCUGCACGCUGUCCUUCCGGCUGAACCACGCGCUGGGCGGGCUGCGCCCCUGGGGCUACCACCUGGUCAACGUGGGGCUCCACGGGGCCGUGACCGGCCUCUUCACCGCGCUGUGCGGGCCCCUGCUGCGCGGCCCGGGCGGCGCCGGCCCCCCCUGGAGCCUGCUGGCCGGGCUGCUGUUCGCCUCGCACCCGGCCCACACGGAGGCCGUGGCCGGGGUGGUGGGGCGCGCCGACGUGGGCGCCGCGCUCUUCUUCCUGCUCUCCGUCUUCUGCUACGCCCGGCACUGCGGGCUCCGCCGAGACCUCCGCCCGACCGGGGCCUUCCAGACCCCCACCCGGCACUGUGAUGGUGACGUGGGUGGUGGGGAGAGUGGUGGAGGAGGUGGGGGUGGAGGCGUGCUCCGGUGCUGGGCCUGGAUGCUGGGCAGCCUGUUGUGCGCGGCGGCCAGCAUGCUGUGGAAGGAGCAGGGGGUGACGGUGCUGGCGGUGUCGGCCGCCUACGACCUCCUCCUGGUCCAGAGGCUCCGCCUGCGGCAGGUGCUGCUGCUGCUGCUGGGAAAGAAGAAGGACGUUCCCGCCCUGCAGAGUGUGGCCGUGCUGUCCUGCUGGGGGGUCUUCCUGCUGUCGGCGCGCCUCUACUGGAUGGGCAACAAGCCCCCCAACUUCUCCAACUCGGACAACCCGGCAGCCGACUCGCCACACCUCCUCACGCGCACGCUCACCUUCCUGCACCUGCCCGCCGCCAACGCCUGGCUCCUCCUCUUCCCCGACAAGCUCAGCUUCGAUUGGUCCAUGGACGCCGUGCCCCUGGUCAGCGCCCUCGCUGAUUGGAGGAAUCUGCAGUCGCUCGCCUUCUACUUUGUUUACGUCCUCCUGGCCGUGUCCGGCCUCCGGGACCCCGCCGGCUCGGCCAACGGGACCAACGGGAAGGCCUCCCUGGCCAAUGGGAAAGCCUCCUCCACGACCAAUGGGAAAGCCUCCUCCACGACCAAUGGGAAAGCCUCCUCCAUGACCAAUGGGAAAGCCUCCUCCAUGACCAAUGGGAAAGCCAUCGCCAACGGAAAGCCCCUCCCCAACGGGAAGCACAUCGCCAACGGCAACGGCUACCACCCCGUCCUCGACGCGAACCACAACGCCCCCCCCGAGAAUGGGGCCCAGAAGUGGCUCGCCGACGGGGCCGCCCGGCCCCCCGCCCCGCCCCGGCGAAGCCCCCUGCCCCCCGCGGAGAGCGUGGUGGCGUUCUCCCUGAGCCUGCUGACGCUGCCCUUCCUCCCCGCCACCAACCUCUUCUUCUACGUGGGCUUUGUGAUCGCCGAGCGCGUGCUGUACAUCCCCAGCAUGGGCUUCAGCCUGCUGGUGGCGCUGGGGGCCCGGGGCCUGUACGCCCGGCGACCGUCCGGGGGGGGGCGCGCCCUGCUGCUCGGCCUCUGCGGGGGUCUGGUGCUGCUGAACGGGGUCCGGACGGUCCAGAGGAACAGCGACUGGAGCAACGAGGAGAACCUCUACAGGUCGGGGAUCAGCGUCAACCCCGCUAAAGCCUGGGGGAACCUGGGGAACGUCCUGAAGAACCAGGCCAAGAUGGCGGAGGCGGAGCGCGCCUACAGGAACGCCCUGUUCUACCGCGGGAACAUGGCCGACAUGCUGUACAACCUGGGCCUGCUGCUGCAGGAGACGGAGCGGUUCCCCGAGGCCCUGCACUACUACAGGCUGGCCAUCGCCAGCCGGCCCACCCUGGCCUCGGCCUACCUGAACACGGGCAUCGUCCUGAUGAACCAGGGCAGCCUGGAGGAGGCCAGGCGGACCUUCUCCACCUGCGCCGAGAUCCCCGACGAGAACCUCAAGGACCCGCACGCCCACAAGAGCUCGGUGACCAGCUGCCUGUACAACCUUGGGAAGCUGCUGCACGAGCAGGGCCAGCAGGAGGCCAGUCUGAACGAGGCAGCGGAGAGACAGUACGAGCGGGCAGCAAGCCUCAGACCAGAUUACCCGGCGGCCCUGAUGAACCUGGGGGCCAUCCUGCACCUGAACGGGAAGCUGCCGGAGGCGGAGGCCAAGUACCUGCGGGCGCUGCAGCUCAAGCCCGACGACGCCAUCACGCGCUCCAACCUGCGCAAGCUGUGGAACAUCAUGGAGCGGCAGGGGCUCCGGACGAAGGCCGGCAGCACGGGAUGAGCCCGCCGCCUCAGCCCGGCCGCGGCCGUCCGUCGGCGGCGGUGUGUUCCUGUGGUCGAGCGUUGGGAAGCCCAGCCUGGCGCGGACGAAGCGGAUCCAAUCAGAUCACAGCUGUUUGACCUACUAAAAACACAACCGAAUCUAAUCGCCAGCGGCUUUGUUCAUUUCUAAACCUGAAUGCUUGAUUUUUGAGUUGAUAGCGCUGACAUCGCGUGCGUUGGCGGGCGACGUUGCGAAGGCCCCACUUAUCAUCAGACCCACUGAGGGACACAUCCUGUGUUGACCACUAGAGAACGCACUCUGCCCCCAGUGGGAGACAUCUUCAAACCAACACGUCUCCAAGGUGUUGCCCUCUUCUGGGAGGUGGCAGGGAUUCCCAGGGAAUGUUUUUUCCUGAAUGGGACCCUCGUUCCAGACGGAGGAUAGGAGGUAGAAGUAUUUAAAACAGCUCACUUCUUUGGAAGAAACUCCAGAUGACGAGUCGCUACAGUGGGUGUGUUUUUCCCUGGAAAGGUUCUAAGGUGGGAAGGUUUUCGGCACCGUGGGCCAACUGUACUGCUAUGUUCUGGUGAAGGUGGUCCGCAGAGACCCCCCGUGGGUCGCUUGUUGAUCCUAGAGGGUCCCGAGAGGUCUGCCUCGUGUGACAAUGUCUCAUUGAGACGUACAGUCAGUCCAUUGAGAGCAGGAAUCCAGCCUCCGCUUGUUGGGAGGAAUGUGACAGCAAUGUCAAAAUGUCCCGUUUGUUUGAGGGAAAAAGUCGGAUUGUACCACAACUCAACAACAGCCCCUCAGUUUUGCGCUCUUUGGGUUCCGACUGUUUGAAGAACAUGAAAGCAAAACGAAAGCAUACGAGCGUCGCUGAGAUACUGCUCCCUCACAAAACAUAAACAGGACUGCAUGUCCAUAUGGUAACCAACAGGAGUUUCCCACGCCACCGCCCGGAACGCUGAGUGUUGAAGUCCUCCGAUCUGCACAGCGGGGGCUUGGAAGUGGCUCACAUCCCCCCCCGGAUUGGAUGUCAAACACCAUAACCGCUAAGCCGACAGCAGCCGUGACCUCAUCAUCAUGUUCUUAGAGGGGAACAGUCACGCUCCAUUACGUUCCAAUAUGAGAGAGAACUGUUUCAUACGCGCGUUGGGAAGAGAUUGCGGUCCGUAACAUCGACUGUUUCCGCUAAAAGGUGUUGGAGGAGUUGGACCGUUGAAGUCAAUUUUACAAAUCGGACCAUCUACGGACACGGUCCGACUUUUCAGCAAAUUUCUCGGAGUUGAUUUUGCAGGCCGUGAUUGGCGUACGUUCUUAGGUUGAAGAACAAAGCCUAGCCUGAGGGAACGGUAGUCAGGGUCACGGUAGGGAGGGUUACGGUAGGGAGGGUUACGGUAUGAACUCUAUGUACCAAUGUCUUGGGCCUAGACACGCUGUGCAAAUUCAAAUCAGCAACCCAAGGAUGUGUGGUCCUUACAAGACAUCACGCCACUAUGACGUAAGCACUCAGUGAUCAUUUGGUCAUUAUUUGAACUUCUUGGGACUGUAAAUUGAAGAAAAAAAACUAUUAGACCGUGCCAAAAUGUGUACUGAACAGAAAGCCUCUGGUGCCAAACGAGAAGUUAUUUUGACCUUUUAUGUAUUAAGAUGUCAAAUGAAGAUGAAUUAUUUUAUUCCAUGUGUCUGACUCAUUGUUUUAAUUUAUUGAUGUGUUUUUUUUAUUGAAAAUGACAACACUGUCUCUCUCUCUCUCUCU